AUGGCAUCAUUGAUGAUCAUUUUCCUUGUUUUCUCUCUCUUCCUACAAGGAACUCUUGGUGAGAUUGUAUGUGAGGAACUGCCGGCUGGAAUGUGCUCAUUUUCGAUCGCGUCUUCUGGGAAGAGAUGCGCGUUGGAGACCUCCGCGUCGAGCGAUGGAGGAGCCAUGAAAUACCAUUGUGAGACUUCUGAAGUGGUUGUGAAGAAAAUGCCUGAAUGGAUUGAGAGUGAUGAGUGCAUGAGUGCUUGUGGGGUUGAUAGGUUCUCUCUUGGCAUCUCUUCGGACUCCCUUCUCGACCCUCGCUUCACCGCCAGCCUCUGCUCGCCGGCGUGUUACUACAACUGCCCCAACAUUGUUGACCUCUACUACAAUUUGGCUUUGGCUGAAGGAGUGUUUUUGCCGGAAUUCUGCAAGGCUCAACGGAGCAGUUCACGCCGUGAAAUGACCGAGUUUUUAAGUUCUGGUGCAGCUUCUGGUCCAGCAUCUGCCACAGCUGCUGGUCCUGCAUCUGGGGAAGCUGCUGGUCCCAUCUCUAGUGAAUCAUCUGCAUCCCUUGCUUGUGCUCCAACUUCAUCUUAGUCAAGUCACAAAUAUAAAUUUAGUUGAUCUAUUGUGCAUGAUUAUAUAUAUAUAUAUAUAAAUACAAGUCUAAGAAAAAGUUAUUGUAAUAGUAUGUCCAUCAUAUUAUAUACAGCU